GGUACGACAGGUAGUUGCACACACAGUGCAAAAGUGGAAUCAGGAGCAUAUUAGUUAGUCUUCAGGCUUCAGUCACGAUUUCGGUUAGAUUUCUUUAAUACCAAUAAUUCACCAAACGAACGGAAGGGAACAAGAAAAAGCGGUUUAUUAGAACAGUCUGGGAUGAAAUGAGGCUCAAGUAUGGUGCACUGAGACUUCUGACAGUCAUAUUCUUGGGAACUUUACUUUCUUUUUCCUGGAGGUACACAACAGUCAAAGUGAGAGAUACUGGGGAGGAGGAGGAGGAGGAGGUGCAGUCUCAAUUUCUCGAUCUGAGGAAGAGGCUUCAGACAGCAGAGGCAGUGAAUCAGAGAGUGUCGCAAGAGCUUACCAGUAUUCUUGAAAGCAUCAAACACAUCGUUGCUGAGAAGAGGAACGCCACCCGCAACCAUAGCAAAGAGACCAAUAGAGAGGUCAACGUCACUGAAAACCAUAAAUAUCAUGUAUCGAAUGUCUACUACUACCUGCCUCACCUGACUCAAAGUGAGGACAGCUUGCGUCCAAAUGUGGCCAUUGGACAAGGGAGAACUAAUGUCUCCCUGGUGCUGGGUAUCCCCACUGUGAAGAGGGAGAAGCAGAACUACCUGAUGGACACCUUGAACUCUCUUUUGUACGAGCUGUCCCAGGAGGAGAGGAGGGAUUGUAUAAUCAUUGUCUUCAUUGCCGAGACAGAUAUGCAGUAUGUUAAUAGCUUAGCAGACGAUCUGAAAAAGGGCUUCCCCAGUGAGGUGGAGUCUGGUCUCCUGGAGGUGGUCUCCCCUUCUUCUGGCUUCUACCCAAAUUUCACAGACUUGAAGGAGACAUUUGGGGACACACGAGAAAGAGUAAAGUGGAGAACCAAACAGAACUUGGAUUACAGCUUCCUGAUGCUGUACUCCCAGGACAAAGGAAGGUUUUAUGUUCAGCUUGAAGAUGAUAUUAUAGCAAGGACUGGCUAUUUUCAAACUAUGAAGAAUGUUGCACUACAGAAAACAUCAGUGGAGUGGAUGGUUAUGGAGUUUUCACAACUUGGCUUUAUUGGCAAGAUGUUCAAGACUUAUGACCUUCCUCUGAUUGUGGAGUUUAUUUUGAUGUUCUACAAAGACAAGCCUAUAGACUGGUUGCUGGACCAUAUCCUGUGGGUGAAGGCCUGUCAUCCAGAAAAAGAUGCAAAACACUGCGACAGGCAGAAAAGCAGCUUGAGAAUUCGUUACAAGCCAUCUCAGUUUCAACAUGUGGGCACGCACUCCUCGCUGCCUGGAAAAAUUCAGAACCUGAAAGAUAAGGAUUUUGGUAAACAGGUACUGCACAGGGCCCACGCCAACCCACCUGCUGACAUCACCACAAGCCUCACAGCCUAUCAGCACUUCUCAAUCGAGAAAGCCUACCAUGGGGAGGAUUUCUUCUGGGCUCUCACACCUGUUUCCGGGGACCACAUCACGUUCUCUUUACACCAGCCUGUAACAGUAAAAAGAUACCUCUUUCGAAGUGGAAAUAUAGAACACCCAGGAGACAAAUUGUUCAAUACAAGUGUGGAAGUGCAGCCAGCGAAUAAAUCAGUGCUGGAGAACAUGAAUGAAGGAAUGCGGGCCAAAUAUGGAAAAACCAAAGAUGGCUAUGUAAGAAUAGGUACCUUCGUGAAUGGAGUGGCUGAAGGUGAGGUCCCUCCUUUUAUGAAGAAAAUCACUGCCGUUCGCUUGUUCGUCCACUCCAGUUCCCCUGUCUGGGUGCUUCUGAGUGAGAUAUUCAUCAAGACAGAAUUGUGAGAACGGGACAUAGUGUAAGAAAAAUACAGCUUCUGGAGUACCUUUGGUGUAACACCUAAUUCAAAGAAGAAACUCUUACAGCAACGCCGCCAUCUAGUGGCAAAGCACUUGAGAAGCAUUGUGAAACUGUUGAGCAACACUACAGUCUGCAGCCCAAGACUGAUAAAAAUGAAAAACUGAAGUUCGUGAAGAAUGAAAAUGAAGAAAUGUAGCAGUAUGUAAAAUUCUUUGUUAACUGCCCAACAAUAAAAUGAAAUCAAAAUGUUACAAUAAACAAAACU